AUGAUCAAUUUCAUCGUAUUCCUGUGUCUUAAAUGCGCUCGUGCUAUUUUCCCCAAACAAGGGUCCAGGUGGAAGAUAGAGUAUUACAUUUGGGCCUUCGGGAGACAGCUCCUGGUGAGACCGACUCAACUGGCUCGGUCGCGUAAUCCUGGGGACAAAUUUAGCAUGUAUGGCUAG